AUGAAGCGACUCCUCUACCAGUUUGGAUUGACUUCUUGCAUCGCCAUCACGACGAUUGAUGCCAAUGCGCCUAUUACAAGCUCAAAUUCCCAGGUGCCCAAUGUUGACAAUUGGGUUCCAAGUGCUACCACUACGUUCUUACGGACUAGCGAAGACGAAGACAGAGCGGGUCUUUCCGUACCUGCUAUCGAAAAGCUAAAAACUUGGUUCACGUCUUCGAAUGUAAAGCAGCAACAGCUCCAGACUUGGCUAAACGAGGGGAAAUCAGCAGAGACAGUGUUCACGCGCAUGAAACUUACGAAUCUUGGGUCAUUUCUGCUCAACGAUCCCCAGUUCAGUGUGUGGCUUAAGUACGUCGAUGAUCUGAAUGCCAAGACCUAUCAGAAACGAAUCCCCGCGAUCUCGAUACUGACGACUCAGUACGGCGACGAUGCACUGUACACGAUGUUUGAACAUGCCACGAUGAUCUCACGGACGAAAGACCUCGCCAAGAGAUUGCAAACAGACCAAAUGGAGCACUGGGUAGCCAUUCGCAAAGAUCCUGCUGAGGUCUUCAAUUUAUUCAAGCUUGACGCGGGGAUAAACAUUCUCAGCAGCCCAAAAUUCACCGCUUGGGCAAAAUACGUGGACGAUUUGAACGUAGACAACCCCGAAGACGCAAAGUUUAUGAUCCCGACGCUAAGACAACACUACACGGAUGUCGAUAUACUCCAAAUGGCCGAGUCGGCGAAGAGUGUGGAAGGGACCAAAACCAUCGCUUCAAGACUGGAGACUGAAGUGAUUAAGCUCUGGCUAGUCGAUCGAAAGACACCGGAUAAAGCCAUGGCGGACCUUAAGCUGGGUACAGCGAGCCCACUUUUGGAAAAUCCAUUGCUAAACAUAUUGUCCAAGUACUUGGAUGUGUACAAUGCCAAGUUUCCUCAACACAAAACGACAAUGAUCGAGACGUUUACAUGA